AUGGUCUCAUCACAACAACUCGAGUCGGCCAUCCGACAAAAAGUUGCCAACGUCUCAACUCUCGUCGUCUCCGAUGUCUCCGGUGGUUGCGGACAAGCCUACGACGUGGUCAUUGUUUCUGACGCAUUCGAAGGUCUCAACACGCUCAAGCGUCAUCGAAUGGUCAAUGAGCUUCUCAAAGACGAAAUCGCUCAGCUCCAUGCCUUCUCUCAGAAAACUUACACCGUCGCGCAAUACGGAGAGAUGUCCUCGUCCCCCAACAACAACAACGCCUCCUCAUCCGCACCUGCACCAUCAUCCACAAAGCUAACCAGCGCAGACUUGCAAGCUCCAGCACCCAUCCUCACCAACCCCGCCUCUUCUCGCCCUUCGCACAACCGCACAGCAUCCGGAGUCUCUAUUCCGGAACUAACCCUCACUACCGACGACGAAACACUCUCGGGCCUAUCCAGUAGGAAUGCAAGUAAAUCCCUCACUCCAGGCGCACAACCAGGUGGCUCUUCAACUCAGUACCCUGGUACAGCAGUUCCUCCUCCUCUAAGCCCAAGCAUUUCGAGGUUGCACGAAAACAGGAUUAGAUCUACCGAGUUUUGGACUGGGCUCCGAUCCUACCUGGAACUGCAGUUCAGUGGUCCAAGCGUAGAGGCAGGUGCCGCAAGCCCAGGUCCAAGUGGGAGAAACCCGGGUGAUGCAGAGAUCGAAAGGAUCUUUGAAGAUUUCUUCUUGAGUCAGAAACAUCAUUUGACCGCCAGCGAUAUUGCCAAAGUGAGGGACGCUACCGGGAUGCUUGGUAUGGCUGGUGUCUAA